GACGCAAAUCGAAACUGAAACUGCGUGUCGUUAACAUGACGUCAUGGUUCAACGAAAAGGGGGUACGUCGUUCUACUACCUGCGUACUGCAGCGUCGUUUACGAAGCAAGCCACGGCGUGGCUAGAAUCGCGCUGGUUGCGUCGGGUUCUCGGUGCACCGAGUAGCUGACGAUCGGUGAGCACUUGGCCAGUAGCCUGGCGCGGCGUUGGCUUUUAUGGCUGCCCUCCGACUAUUCUCCGAGUUCCACAUCGGCUGUAGGUCGAUACCGGGACGAUGCAGUUUCCUCGGCUGCCAUGUGCUGCGCACCGCAUCGUCGCCAGCGUUGACGACCGGCCGGCGGCUCAAGUCCAGCGCAUCCCCGGCAGCACUCGAUCGGCCAGUGAGCACCGAGUUGCCGCCGCAGCGAGACCCGCUGGACCUGAGCUUUAACGACGCCCGGGCAGCCUACAAAAGCAAGUCGACUGGCGAGCUACUCAGAGCGUACGUCGUGCUCAAGCUCAGCUCCAGCAACUGGAUCGUCAACAACCACCAAGAGCUCCUCCGGCUAGGCCAACGUGUGCUAGGCCGCCGGAUGUUUCGGGCACUAAUGCGGAACACCUUCUACGGCCACUUUGUGGGUGGCGAGUCGGCAUCAUCCAUCCAGCCCCUCCUGCAGCGCCUCCAGUCCUUUGGCGUCAAGGCCAUCCUCGACUACAGUGCCGAGGAGGACCUCUCCGAGCAGGAGGCCAGAGAGGCUGAGAUGGCGGCAUGCAGCUCACAAGCACCGGUGAAGGAAGACAGACAGCCAUCAGGAGGCCACCUUCGUCAGUUCCAGCCUAGCGAGCAAUUUGCUGACCGGCGACACCCACACGUCAUGGCGCGCACUUACUUCUACUUGAAUGAGGCGCAAUGUGAGAAGAACAUGGACAUCUUCCUCGAGUGCAUCGACGCUGUGGCAGGUGCCACUGAAGGUACAGGUCUGGCAGCCAUUAAGCUCACAGCCCUGGGCAGACCACAGCUACUGAUGCAGCUGAGCGAGGUGGUGGUGCACACGCGGCAGUUCUUCCAGGAGGUGACCGGUGCCGACAAGGCCAUGGCUCUGUCCUGCGUCACUCCAUCAACCAUUGGCCAGAAGUUGAAUGUGUCACCUGCGGACCAGGAAUCCUUCAAACGAUGGCUCGAGCGCAUGGACUAUGACCGCAAAGGGCUGAUGAACAUCUUCUCAUGGAGUGGCCUUGUGGACACCAACUAUUUCAUCUCGGACUUGUUCAAGGUGCCCAAUCUUAAGACGGGGCGCAUGGAACCGAUUGUUUCAGCGCUGACUGAGGAAGAAGAGGAGAUGUUCCGCAACAUGAUGCGCCGGGUGCACACCAUUGCCAAAGCAGCCCGGGCACGCGACGUGCGGGUGAUGAUAGACGCAGAGCAGAGUUACUUCCAGCCAGCCAUUAGCCGCAUCACCAUGGAGCUGAUGCGCAAGUACAACCGGGAGAAGGCCAUAGUGUUCAACACAUACCAGUGCUACUUGCGCGCCACAUAUGACCACGUGGUGCGCGACCUGGAACUUGCCCGGCGCCAAGGCUUCUUCUUUGGCGCCAAGCUGGUGCGCGGUGCCUACCUGGAGCAGGAGCGACUGCGGGCGCGCACCCUUGGCUAUGAGGACCCCGUCAAUGCCACGUACGAGGACACCAAUGCCACAUACUACCGCACCCUCACCGAGUGCCUGAGACAGGUGGUGGAAAGCAAGGAGCGGCGCUCCAUUGCUAUCAUGGUGGCCUCACACAAUGAGGACACCAUUCGUUUCGCCGUCAACAAGAUGCAGGAGCUGGGUAUCCGGCCUGAUGACAGAGUCGUCUGCUUUGGCCAGCUGUUGGGAAUGUGCGACCAGGUCAGCUUUCCUCUGGGCCAGGCUGGCUACUCGGUGUACAAGUAUGUCCCAUAUGGCCCCAUCGAUGAGGUGAUGCCAUACCUGUCCCGGCGGGCCAUUGAGAACAACAGUCUGCUGCAGAAGCUCUCCAAAGAGUUGGGUCUACUGAGGCACGAGAUCAUGCGCCGCCUGCUCACUGGCCAGAUCUGGUACACACCUCACGGCCACUACAAGCCUGUCUGACCUCCAGACCUUUGCUGAGACUGUGUCAUCCGCAUCGCCACUGCACCAGCCACAGAUGUCUCCCUCCAGGUGUGACACAUCUGCUUGGCUGACGUGACCACCAAGAAUGCUUCCCUCGGAUGUGGAAAAUUAGCUCGGUGAUGACAAGCAUUUGACACGCCCCACUAUAUUGCAGCUUGAAGCUGAACAGCUGCGUCAGAUCAACUUGACAGCAUUCUACAGGAGCAGAUAUGUGGAAAGAACACGCAGCCUUACUUUGUAUAGUUGGGUAUCAUCAUCUUAAGCAUUUAAAUUCUGGCCUCACCAUGGCCAGAGGUACCCAUUGAUGUGCCUAUAGCACCACAGCAGUUAUAUGCAGUUAUGAUGGUGGUGACAUUCACGGAGGACGCAUACACCACUGCUGAUGUGCGGCAUACGCAUGCCACCAGAGCUCAUGCCCCCACAAGAUGGUCUGCAGACGUUAUUUUCUUUAUCUGCGUUUGUUAACUGUGGCAGGGAAUUUUAAACACAGCUCAUGAGCAAUGUAUGGUGCACUUAGCUGCACUAGCGAUUUAAGACCAUGUUUUCAGUUUUAAGCAAGCUCAUGUAUUUUGACGGUCUGAUUUUGUUACUAUGUGUAUUGAUCUGAACGUGCAGCAGCUAUUCUAUUUUCUGGAAUGACUACAUGCUGAUCUGACUGGCCAAUGGUGCUUUGUUUGUGACUCCAUCUGCAGUCAACUUUAAAAUUUUUUUUAUAGCUGUUACUUUGUGCUUUUGUGUUUGCAUUUGCAUUUGUCUGUUAUGGCCAUAUAGGAAAUGUUUCACUGUUGGGACAAGAGAAACUUGAAUGAGGUGACCACACUGAUUUCUUUUGUAGGUGCCCUAGAAUGGAGGCAGGUCAUUUUCAUGUAUUGAUAAGGUGAAAAGCCUUGUAGCCACUAUUGCUGCCACCGUAAAUAUCCUGUUAAAAUAGGGAAGGGUGCAGAAAAUGCCCUUAAGUGACGACAUUGGCUACCUAUGCUGUCUAUGACUAUUCUGGUGCUGCCAUUCACAACAGCCACCAGCUUUGAUGCUUUAAACACCCAUGGCACGUCAUAUGCUAGCCUGAGGCUAUCUUUGCCUUAGCAUUCAUUGAGUGGCUACCAUGGCUGGCCAUUAAACUGUUCCUACAUACGACUCAUGGUAUCAGCUCACAGUGCCACUGUUUGAAGCAACUUUAUGUGUGCUUGCUUGUCACUGUGCCUGUAGUUUUUUAGGCACAAUCUUGUUUGCUCUGUGAAACUCGUUCAUGUGGCCCCGAAGCUAUCAUUGUGGCACGCAUUACACUCUGCCACAUUCAGAGCAUUUCUGGACAAUCUAGAACUGUCAACCUAGAAUUCUAAGGUGAGCCAGUCACAUGACAGUGACCUAACUUCAUCUCUUUUGCCGAUAAACCAUUGUAGUACAUGAAAUGGAAGUCGGUGAGGCCAUUUCCAGCUGGUGAAGCAUUGCUUGACAGCAUUUUGCAGCCAACAUUUAGGGGAAACAGAGAAAUCGCAGAUCUGUAUUCUUGUUUGAUCACUUUCAUGGCUACUUGCACUUUUUUGCAUAAUGUCUCACUAUAGCAACGGGCGUACUGUUUGCUUGGUCAUCCACUAAAAGUGAUGUCCACGAAAGUGGUCAGUCGAGAGCACCACAAAAGCAUUGCUCCGGGAAUAUUACCAGCAUGUGCCUAUGAUUUUCUUGCCCUGAACAAAAGUUGCAGUCGUAGUGGCAACAGUGUGGCAGCGAUCGUUACCCUAUUGACACCAGAGCACUGCUGGUUCAAUUUGCAAAUGCCAGGCAGGUGCCAAUCAUGUUCUGCAAGCGUGCUUAACAUCUGCUGUUGAGCUCAGGUCUGGAGAGAGCGUGCUUUGCUUCCAUUGAUCCUUUCAGAGGGCACGAAUGAUGGCCAGAAUAAUCACCAGCUCCAUCUAUUGUUUUGGGUGAAGGCAGUACAUGGCACCUGAAGUGAUUAACAUGAUGGAGAAGCCUGGCUUCAUCCAGUGGCUGCUGCUCAGUGGCAGGUGUUGUCUUGCCAGCAUUUUGCUCAAUCUUAUUUUAGCAUUUUUUGUACAGCGUUGGUUAGGAAUCUCUUUGGUAGUGCCACUUUUCGAUGUGGGAAUCUUGACUGCAUUUUGUUGACUCUCCUUUGGAAGAAGAAACUUUGUAAACAAAAAAAGCAGACAUGCUGUUCUGAAGUGUUCAUUACGGUCUUGUACCAGCUGAAACUGUGAUGCUAAUAAAAGAAUAGCCGUGCUCACCA